UCCGCAGAACGCGGGUGGACGUCUACGUGAAUGUCACGACGAUGACUGAGUAUGCUACUUUUCGUCUAUCGACAACGAUCUCGCCUCUUCACGACUAACGAGCUAAAUGCAUGAAAAAGUGAAUCGCAUCAAAGUUAGAGAUCAUUCGAAUCUAACGAAAUUUCGUGAUGGUGACAACAAACGUCUACAAAAUGUGAAAAUGCAGAUUAAUGUGCUUGGCAAUAGUGAAAAAAUUAUGCAAAAAUCGAGAAUAUGCAUUUUUCCAAUCGUAAUAUAUAAUCUAAAUAAUAUUUGUGAAAUAUGUGUGCAAAUUGCAUUUGUUCUUUUAUCGUUUGCAUAAGUAAUAAAUCAUCGGCAAGAUUUUCUUUUACAUAUUGUGUGCGUUCAUUAUUACUAGGUAUUUCACAAAAUAACAGUGUCAAAACUGUCCUCUGCUUCGCAUCUUCGUUUCUCUCCUAUUCGAAAUUUACCUAAGGAUCUCUUUUUAAUCGAUUGUUUCGUCUUCAUAAUUUCGUCGUCAUGGAUAUGCGAAGAAUGUCAAAUUGGAAUGUCUUGAGCGUGGAGGCUGCCUUGCAACAACUCAACGCCUUCGAAGGAGAUGAUUGCGAGAGGAUAAUAAGACGUCCUAAUACGACAAUAGAAAAGCUACCGGACAAAGUUCUUCUAAAUAUUUUUAGCUAUCUGUCACAUCGCGAAAUAUGCAGGGUUGCUCGAGUUUGCAAACGUUGGCGACAAAUUGCGUAUGACACGCGUCUCUGGAAGCACGUGUCUCUAAGACCAGAAAUAAGCGGGCUUCACGUGAGCUCUCUGGAAAAUCUAUUGCAUUUAAUCAGCGUACGUUUUGGACCGUCAUUAAGAUAUAUCGAAUUACCAAUAGAAUUAAUCACUCACACAGUUCUUCAUGAGUUAGCUAAUAAGUGUCCAAAUUUAACGCACAUGUUAUUGGAUUUUUCAACUGCUAUGCAAUUGCACGAUUUCUCGGAAAUGCAAGCUUUUCCUACAAAAUUGAAAUAUAUGUGCAUAUGUCUAUCUGAGGUAAUUUUCAUGGAGGGCUUCAUGCGGAAGAUCUACAACUUUAUCAAUGGUUUAGAGAUCCUUCAUUUGAUCGGAACAUACGAAAAAGUCGAAGAAGAGGAGGAGGAAAUUUACGAGGUAAUUAAUGUUCACAAACUGAAAUCCGCGACGCCAAAUUUGAGGGUAAUCAAUUUAUACGGGAUCAACUUUGUGGAUGAUUCGCAUAUCGAUGCAUUCUCUUCUAAUUGCAUCCAACUUGAAUGCUUAGCCGUGAAUUUCUGUGCCAAAGUGACUGGUUCGACCAUGAAGACUCUGUUUCAAAGGAGCAGAAGACUGAAAUGUCUUCUUAUGCAAGGAACAAAUCUUCAGAGUGAAUACGUCAUGCAAGUCGAAUGGGAAAAAUCCAGCAUCCAAGAACUCGAUGUUACUGCCACUGAUUUGUCGACGGAAUGCUUGAUCGAUAUGCUGACCAGAAUUCCCGGCCUUCGCUUCUUGAGCGCCGGUCAACUGAACGGUUUCAAUGACAGUGUAUUAAAAGCGUGGACCGAGGCCGGAAAUCCGCGAAAUUUGAUAGCGCUGGAUCUGGAUAGUUCCGACAAUCUAAGCGACGAUGCCUUGCAUAAAUUUCUAUCUAGACACGGUCAUCAGCUGCACGGCCUUGCAUUGUCAGGCAUGCCGCAUAUUACCGAUCAACUAUGGCAAAGUGUACUACCGAUUCUCACAAAUGCAAAAAUACUUGUAAUGGGUACUCAAGAGAGAUUAGGUGUUAACAUUCACGUAGAUCAGCUGAUGGAUGGAAUUGCCAAUAACUGUCUUGAUCUAGAGCGUCUGGAAUUACGCUGGGAUCCAGAAAAUUUGCGAUUUUCCGAUAAAAGUCAAAAAGCUAUUGAUAUCCUACGUGUCAAAUGCAUUAAACUAAGAUGUUUAAGUUUAAGCGAUGGAAGAUACUAUGAAAUCGUCAAAGCAAAUUUCGAACGAGCUGACAGACUGACCGUCGUUAGAACAAUUACUUGUUGCAGAGUAUCAAACUAUUAUCUUUUGCAAAAUUAUAAAGAUUUAAUUUUUAAUUGACGCGAAUUCUGAUGACCGAUUCUCAGAUCGAGUUUCAUUGUGUUUCCGUUGAUAAAUUUAGACAAACAUGUGCCUAAAUGUAAAGCUCUCCGAUAUUUCUUUGUUACUACGGUAUUAACAUAAAUAAUACUAGCCCGAUAAGAAAAUAAAAUUAAUAAAAAAAGAUAAAGAAGAUAAAAUUUAUAUUGUAUAUGACAAUACAAUGAUAUGAUAAUUUAAUAUUAAAAGUACUCUAAAUUU